AUGAAGGAGCGAGGUUGGUCUGAGCAAGGAAGCCAGAAAAUGAAAGAACUUGAGGAAUUGAUGCAGGGGAGUGGGUUCUUCAAUGAAGGUUUCUCCCUCGGCCUGGGUGAUGUGAUGGAGUUGUCUGAUGAAGAAAGUCCUUCUUCUCCAAGCCAGGAGGAAGAAGUACCGCCGGGUUCCAAACCCAAGUCGAAAGGUCUUCCAUCCAUCGAGGGAUCGGAAACCUGCGCGGAAUUUGUUUCCAAGUACAAGAGAGCAGUCCUGAACCGUCGUCAAGUCUUCAAAGACGCUGCUGAGCGGGAUGAGUACUUGGCUUUGGAGCGCUCGAAUGGUGACUGUCAGCUGAGCGAACUCUACAAAGAGAUUUGUGACCUGGAGCGGGUUCAGAACAAGAUAAAUCCCAGUGCCAAGGCUCCGUACAAGGAGGUGACUGCUAAGAUCCUGGAGGCAUUAAUUGCCUUCAACAAUGAUAUGAACGCUGUAAAGAUUUUCUUCAAGAAGUCGGCUGCAAAAAGCCGGGCUAAGAAGAAGGCAUCUGAAAUCCCAAAAGAGGAGGAGGAGUAG